AUGCGUUUCGUCGCUUUCUUGGCUAUCGCUCUUCUUCUCAUCAUCGCUGUCGAUGCUCAGCCUUACCAGGCCUACCGUACCUACCGUAGUCCACUUCGCGAUGGUACUUUUGAUCAUGCUUCCAUGUUCAGAUUCACCUCCGACGGUGGCGCUGGAGCCAGUGGCAGUGGAAAGCUCCCAAGGUUUGGACAGGCUUUCAGAGAGUACCCGUACCCACAGAUCCAGUACAGCGCCUCGUCGCCGCUGUAUGUUUUUGACGGUCGUCUGUACAAUUUGGCGUCAGCACGCUCUUAG